AUUGGAGAUAAGAAAAAUGGUUUCCAAUCAGAUCCUUCGGAUAUGCAACCAGAAUUAUUUGUUUUAAAAUGGCCACCUCAGGGCAACACACUUCCGAGAUUUAUAUCAACAAUUAGAAAAAUUGGAAAAUGUCCCCUUUCUUUUGACAUUGAAUGUUCAGUUUACUAGUUAACACCGUAAAGAAGGUUGAUUUUUUUAAAGUAAGUAAAAGAUGUCUGAGCCUCCAUUCACAAUUCGUAUCAGGUCAGAAAAUAACCAAGACAUGGAUUGGAUGGUCAAACCCGACGAAGUUACCUUUUUACAAACAUUGGUCAGUCCUUCUUUACUUCAGUCUAUACUUAGUUUAUUAACUUAAGUCGUUUUUAGGGUAAUAUACCACUAUGAAAAAAUCCUGCUGUUUUGGUUUGAAUUGCUAUUUAAACUUAAACUACAGUUAAUUUUUUAAUUGGUGUGGACAGUGGUUUUUCCAGUGGCUUAGAAAAGUGAGUGGGCGCUGUUUUCUCUUCAAAGUGUAACAGACAGAUGUGUGAUCAUUUUAAGGAGUGUAUAAUUAAAAUAAUUUAUAUAAUGAAAAUAAAGAGGGUAUAUCCUUCCAGGCUCACUGAUUGUAUUGGAAGGAUGGGUGGCUUAUGUUGGAAAGUGACAAAAUACUGAAUGUUGCGCAUUGUUUUGCACACCACAUUAUGUAUUGUGUAUUAACGUCAUGUUGUUAUGCAGUUCCUGUCUUCUGUUCAUGGUGGUAGAACUCUUACAAUUAAAAACGUUGAACUAACCUUGAUGGUUGCUUGUUACAUUAUCUUCCUUGUGAAGUGGAUUAGCAACAUAAUAUUUUCAACAGCUUAUGCCUAUGCUAGGCACUUCAAUGAGAUCCGGGAAAUGCUGAAAACCGGGUAUUGUGAUUUCGUUAUCAAAAUGGCGACCUCCACUUUUUAAUUUACAGAGAGUCUAGUUGUUUACGAUUUUUUUGUUAAUCAUAGCCCAGCAUGCACAUUCUACUUCCGCCCAAAACUUUGAGUAGACAUGUCCAUGUUGUUUUAUGAUUAGACACUUUUGUUCUUUAAUAUUGAAAUAUCCUAUAUUUAAUCACAUAUCACAGUAUAUCACAUAAGAGAAUUAUUACAUAAUCCUUGGUAUUGUCAAAGAAAAAACACACAAACUUAUACUUACCCCAAGCAAAUGACUUAAUGACUAGAACUUAUUUUAGUUAGUAUCAACCACUAAAUCAAUGCAUGUUAAUUUGUGAAACAAGAUUACUAACUUGAAAUAAAUGACAUAUUUUUUUUUUUUCAUAUUCAGACAUUCAUAUGAUAUGGGACUAAAAUACAUAUAUAGAAAAUGGUAAAAUACAAAGUGUAAUUGUAAAUUUUAACUAAAUGAAACAAGUAGUCCCUUUAUUAUUAGUUUACACUUAUAAAUGUCAAACAAUUCCACAAAAAAUUUGAAAUUAAUAUCUAAAGAACAUUAUCAUUAUUAUGAUUUUUUGGAAAUUGAAAAAAAAAUAUUGAAACAAUAUUAAUAUAUUAAAUUUCAAAUAAGUGAUGAGUCAGCAUAUUUUACACCAUUUUUUAAAAGGAAAAAAAAACAAAUUUUUUAAAAUUAAUUUUGGGGGAUUAUUAACAAUAAAUAACUUAUAUUUUGUGGCUUUAUUUCAAAGUACUCUUAUUUAACUGUGUUCCCUAUACAUAUUAUAUUUUUGUCUCAUUUUAUAAUAAAGUUAUAGGCGUUCAAAAAAAAAAAGCAAAAUGAGGGUCACGAAAUGUGGAGGAAAAUCCCAUAGUGAAAAAGUGCCUUGAGGUCCCUACUAAAAAAUUCAUAACUUUUGAACCACUUGAGCUAGAAAGUUGAUCUUGGUGUUUUUGUAAUCUAUUCUCCAGGCUCUAUGCAGCUGUAGUAUUUUUAUAUUUUAAAAAAUGUUUUGAAAUUUUCAUCAAAGUGCCUACUUAUGCCAACAUAAACCAGAUCAGCCAUGGAAUAUAUGAAAAAACAUUUUAUUAUCCAAAUGAUGCUGAUGUUCACUCACAAAAUGUUGAAAACAUGUGGAUGCAUGCUAACUGAAAAGACAGUUUAGCACAAGCCAUGAUGGUUUCUCUUCCUAUUUAUGUUCCACAACUGUUUUUGUGGAGAUUAUAUUUUUUUUAAUACUUCAUUGUUGCCUUGGUUGGGGUAGAUCUAUGCAUAAUCUAAAACUCUGUUGUAUUUUCAUAUAUUAAAUUGUUUACAUUUUUAUAGAUCUAUCUCAAAAAUUUUUUGAAAAUUGUUUUAAUUUUUUAACAGGUAUUUAAAAAAAAUUGUCUUGGAUUAUUUAUAUAUGUGCUGUAAUCAAUAUGUGAAAUUGCAUAAAAAACAUUUAUAUGAAUUGUGAUCCAUUAUGUAAUUUUAUGUUAUCAAUAAAAAAAAUAACCAUUUAAAUAGAGCUUCAAACCAGUACAAUAGGAAUUUUUCAUAACCGCGCUGAAGUUGUAGAUUACCUUAUUUAGAGAAGACAUUUUUAAUCACUUAGACUUAAUGAAACACAAAAUUAAUAUGAAGUGAUUAGUGUGGGCAGUGUGGGUGGGGCAAGUUGAGCCCUAGGCCUAGAAAUAAUGCUGGUUUCCGAGAACUCAGUUUAUUAUUUUAUAGCCAUGCUCAAUAAAUUUAACACUUCCUGUUUCAGACCUUUUGCCAUGCCAUUGUCAAUAUAUAAUUUCGGUGCGCAGUACGUAAGCAAAAACACAACUGAGACUGUGAGGGAGGGGUGCGAUCGUAGGUCCAUCACCUAUUCUUCUCACCAAACACUCUAAAUGUUAUGGUCAAUUUUGCACUCUGCCCUUUGUUUUAUCUGCAGUAAAUGAGGUCAUAUUUGCAUGUACAUAAAACAAGUUCAAAAUUGAUUUGUAAGGUAUUAAAGGAAGUUGAGUGAAUUGCAUUCGUUCAUUCGUUGAUAUUAAAUACUAUUGACCUCUAAGUAGACUAUUGUAAAUUAUUGUUUAUGAUCCUAUUACUUCAAUCAAUAAAAUAAUCAUUUUAAUAUAUUUUAAAACCACAGCAUCAGUUAACAAUAAGUAUUAAAGAAAUAAUAAAGUAACAGCAGUUAGUCUGUAAAAAUGAAAACACCGACCAAUGUAAUAAUGCAGUAUAUCCACUGACCCCACUCUAAAGUGUAAAAGGUUGAUGGAUUAAAUUAUUAUGGGUGGUAGUAGCAGUUAGAAAUUGUAGUACUAAAAGGGCCAGAAAGGAUGUAACACAUUUUUAAUAAUAAAUGCUAAAUUACUAUACCUUUUGAAUGGCAUUUAGUUUUUAAAACUGUAAAAAAUAUGAUGUCACCUCCAAUAUCAAUAAUGACACUAUCAAGUCCUUUAAAUGCUUUCAUUCUAGUUCUAGCAAUGUAAAUUCGGCCCGGUUCUAUAAUAAAAUAUAAUGAUAAUCUCAAACAUUGAAAAUCACAAAUAAAAAAAAUUCUUUUGAUCUAACAUUAUUGCAGGAAGUUUUUUCUCAGAUAAUGCCCCAGUCUUCACCCACUGCAUUUGAAUGUAAGUAUUACCAUAAAUUAAAAUAAACACAAUAAAAUACAAUAAAAAUAAACAUAACUUCUUUUUGUCUUUUUAAAUAGAAUAAUUGUUGCAAUGUUUAAUGUUUUAUUAUUUUCCAUUUAUUCUCAAGAAAGGUUAAAAAAGAUAUCUCACCAUAUAGUGAAACUUUAACUCAUUAUUACAAGCACUUUAAAAUGGUGCAAGAUUUUAAAAAAGGGAGACUGAGUCAGAUGCGCAAAUCUAAUAAUAAGUAGUGAUUAAAUCACUAUAGGUGGAUAAAACGCAUCCCGUUUCAUCUAUACACAUCUUUCUACUGUAAUCAAGGCUAAGAUUUUGGUUUGCAAUUAGGCACGAAGUGCCAUUCCUUAACAUCUGUGAAACAAUAAAAAUGAAGCAUAAUUUACUAGAUCAGAGAUUUUUAAACUGCUCUCCACAGAACCUUUUGAGUUUGAUUUCAACAUGACUGUUCGAGACUUUAUUUCAUAAUUUUUUUUAAAGUUUAUGAGGGCUUUAGCAGGUUUCUGUGUAUACAAAUGCUCUAAAAGUUUCGGAAAUAUAGCACUCAGGGUAGGGGAGGACCUGAAGACAGACUAAACAAAACAGAGGAGGUUUCAGCUGAAAGCCUUCAACAGGAUAAAAAUGGAACAAAGAACAACAGUGAAUAUAAAUAAAAACUUAUCCCCAUAUUACACUUUUAACUUAUUGCUUCAACCUGAAUGCAGUCCUCCCCAUUUUUCACUAAAUAUUUUGGGAAACUUUUGUCUAGAUAUUUGAUAUUUUUUAUAUUUUAAGCUUUUUUAAAGACUUUCUUUCAGUUUCAGCUUACAAAUCUAUGAGGUUUGUAAGUUUCUAACUUUCUAGCAUAAUUUUUAAUGUUGUCACAUAUGACCCACUCCCUCAGUUGAUCAUGGUUGAUCGCUCCUGUUUCAUUCAGAGAAUGGCGGGAGAAGGGUGGGUAGGGGGCCUCAGAUGAGAGAUUUAGGAUGUGGGGAAAGGUUGUUCUUGAAGGGGCAGGGCAUAUGCCAGUUACUUGGAACAACUUAUGGCUCAUGAUCAGGGUUAUAUAACGCUGUAGUCAUUAAAUUGUACUUUUUAGUUUAUGCCUAGAUAAUUAGUCACUUUUACCAGAAUUUUGUAAGCAUUCGUUGUUUAAAAAGAUAAAUAAUUCUACUUGGGUUGAUUAUUUAAAGACUACAAUUUUAAUACUACAAAAAGAAAAUAAAUAAAAUAUUUCAAAAAUUAAUAAAAAAUAUAACAUAUUUAAUUUUCUUCUACAUUUAUCCUUUGGCUACACAGAGUGCUUUUCUGCACAGACGUUCUUUGGGCAUUGACUUUAAAGAAAUUUUAAAUUAUUGUCUACUUUGUGGUGCGUUUAAACUGGUCUUUGAAGUUAAGUCUUUUUCAAAAAGUAUUUUUAAAAAUUUUCAAACACAUGAAGGAUACUUAAAGACAAUUUAAUAAUUUAUCUAUACAUUUAGUUUUUCUUUCUCUGUAGAUGAGGAUGAAGAUGGUGACAGAAUUACUGUUAGGAGUGAUGAAGAAAUGAGAGAUAUGUUUAAUUAUGUAAGUUGUGCUUUUCCCAACUUGUAAAUAUUGAAUUAAUAAAGUACUUCAAAUAACUUGUGCUUGGAGAGAAAACCUUAAUUAUAAAUAUUUAUUUUUUCUAGAAAACAAACUUUUCAAAAGUAUAUAUUUCAUUUCUAUAUCAUUCAUGGACUAAGACUAUAUAAAUGUAUAUUUUAGUUAGUGACAGUAAGUUAAAAAAAAUGUUUCCAAUUAUCAACAUAAUUUGAGGUUUAUUAGCAUUCUCCGUGACUCAGCCAUGUUAAAGGAAUGGAAGGGUCAAAGGCAAAACCAUCUUCAGAUACACAAUGUUGUUUAUAAAAAAGAUAUAAAAAAUGCACUUGCAAUGAGUGCUAAAGGUUCACCCUUAUUGCUUCCCGUUGACUUUAGCAAGUCAGUAAAAAUGUUAAAUUUAUGGAGGGGUAUAUAAAUUAUGUACUAUUUCAUUCUAUUACAAUUUUUUUGCAUUACCCGGUAUGUUUAAAACAUGUUGUAUAAUAUAUUUAAUUUUAUCCUUCAAAGUAUUUUGGUGAGUUAAGUGAAGAAGACAGAGCCAGAGGACUUCUCCCUCCAUUAAUUAUCUUUCCAAAACGUAUGUACUUUUUAUCUAAAAUGGAUGUCAUAAGUUUCAAAAGAUAAACUUUUAUGGCUUCUUAGAGAUGUCUUUAUAGAAAGCAACAAAAUUAGAUUGGUCCGGUAUAUUUGUUUGGGUUUAUUUUAUUUUGCAGUCUGUAACAAAAACAGAUUGGUGUAUUUUUAAACAUUUAAUUAGAUCAAGAAACUGAAGAUGAAGUUUUAGCAGUGUCUGAUAAUUAUUCUACCCUUUAGCUGAAAUCGUUUUGUAAUUAACCACAAACACUUUUUUUUCCUGACAAAAAAUGCUGAGAAAAAUUAAGCUGGUGAAAUAUAAAGAUAAUAUAAUAUUAUGUAGCCUUUAUUGUUUGGUUUCAUUUAUUAAUUUUUAUUUCAAUUAGUUUUAUAUUGUAUAUUUUCAAUACAUACAUUUUUAAAAGCUGUUAAUUACUUUAAUUUUAAUUAUCUUCUCAGACCCCAAAACGCCACAGAUUAGGAAUAUACAUGGUUUAAAAGUAGGUAAAAAGCAUUUACUAUUCAUAAAAUAUAUAUUGUUUUAUUUGUUUUUUUAGAGCAAAUACACAAUUCACUUUGUUUUAGAACUCUGUUAUAUUAUGUCUUAUUUGUCUAUUGUCCUGUCUGGACAAAGGCUGCCCAAAAGAGAUUUCUAGCAAGUUUCUUCAAUUGUCCCUAGUUUCACGAGUCGAUCCAUAUUUUCCCACAGCUGAUUGGCCUGUUUUUCUUCUUAUUUGUGUUUCUGUAGAAAAGGUUUUUUUUAAAUUGGGAGUUUUUUUUAGUCUUUCACCCAUCCCUGUUUCUGUUUCAUUGCAUCUCAGGAUUGGCAACCUAGAAUUUAAACUCUGUUAUGAAUUUCUAUCAUGUUAUUUGAAAACUAAGUUAUGGAAAACCAUUCUGGAACCUUGCUUUUUUGAAUGGGUGAAGUUAAAAUUUAAGCAUGAUUUCUAAUUUUUUUGCCAGAUUAGAACUGGUAGCCAAGCAGAGGACAAGGGGGAUGCACCUUGCCAGCCACAGAAACCUUCUCAAAAUUCUAAAAAGUAUUCCAUAAAAUAGUUGUACGGGUAUAUAGAAAAUUAAGAUGAAAUUUGUUUUUACUGUAAUAUUUAUUUAAUUUCAUUAUUCCAUGAGCAAAUAUUUUAAUUAAGAAUAGCCCAAAAACUCAGCCUAAACUUAAACAAAAAAAAGAAGAAAAAUAGUUGAUGAAGUGUUAUUCAAUUUUAUGUUUGAAUAUAGAAAUGUUAAGUUUUUUCUCUCUCCAUAAUGUACAUUUUCAUUUUAUCUAUUAUUAGUAAUAUUAGGUAACUUGAAUAUUUAUUCUAAAUAGUCCAGCUGAGGUUGGUUUUGAGAGCAUCUUAAGCUGUGGGCAGAUCACUAAAGAAUCUUUGCAUUAUGUGCAAAUGCUAGGAUUUGGCAAUGGGGGAAAAGUGUACAGGUAAACAAUUUGCUAAAAUCUUCACAUUUUAUUUGACUAAUUAUAUACACUAAAAUAAUAAUGGUAUGGCAUACAUUUGUUUUAUUACAACCAUUAAAGUUAAAGUGUGAAUUGAUGAAUUUGUGCAGGCAAUUUCUUGUGAUGCAUGGUAACAAUGCUGUCUGCUUUUAUUCAACAGAGAAGAUAGAAUUAAAUCAAUUAAAAGUCUAUAUAUAAGAGGUUAAUUGUAAUUGAUAGACAUUAGAUAUACCACAGCAAAUCAAUUGCACAUGAUUUUUUAUACCACACAUCACUGUAAAGGCUUUAUUAAUUAUAAUGAGUUAUUAAGCACAUAUUCCAUGUGUAGUUUUUUACCUUAAUAAAAUAAAUAUAUAAUUAUUAAAAAACUUCCCAGCAUGGGUACAUGUUGAUUUUCUGUUCACUAUAAUACUCAUAACACAGGGCCAUCCAUAAACCAUCAAGUCAGGUUAUGGCUGUAAAGGUAAAUAUUGAUUCUUUUUAAAAAUUAAUGAAUACCCUGAACAAACAGCCUGAUAAAGGUUAAUUAGCUGUUUCUAUAAGGCUUAUUAAUAGUAAGUUUAGACUAUAUUAUAUUUUGUAGUUUAUAUUCUAUAUUUAUAUUUAUACCACAGGAGAUUGAACUAGACAUAUCAGUAGCUAUACAGAAACAGAUUAUUUCUGAACUGGAAAUUUUAUAUAAGGUCAGUUGUUUAAAAUUCAGUACCUAUCUUAGAAACGUAUCCUUCAUAACAGGGACUCAAAAAUUUAUUUAUUAUAAAAACUCACUCUUUUUAAUCAUAUUAUACUAUGUUAUUAACUACUUUAUAAUAAAAACAAAACAAAAAUGAGUAACAGGUUAGGACAGACUCUGAACUAGAUGUCAAAACUUGAACUCAGUGUUGCUAUGUCAAACAUGAGGUUGUUCAUCUGACUACACAUAAUUGAACUUUUUGUUUGGCUCCUUUUUUGCCUGUUGUCUAGGGUUACUAUUCCACUUGAUACCUGUUACUAAUAGUAAUAUUAGUGAUAGUGUCCAAAGUCUCAUAUUUGUUUUGAGCAUCUGUACCGGUAAUACUGAAUUUACACCAUAAUAAUAUUAUGCUCUCUGUCUUUCACCCUAAAUUGUGAUCUCUCUCUCUCUCUCUUAUUGUUGCAUUGCUAAUCAUCUGUUGCUUUUGUUACACUAUCUCAAUAUGAAUGUUUCACAGCCUCACUAUCUUCUAUUCCAAACAUUCUUUAUAUAUGGCUUGCUAUGUAACUCUGAUCAUUGUUCAUUUCAAUACGAUUAUCAAAGUGAAUCACACAAAAUUCACAAGCAUACUUCUUUAUUUAAUAUGUAGAAGUAAAUUUGUGCCUGGCAUCUUUUUACAAUUUCUGUGGCGUGUUCCCUAGAUUUUCAAUUCUUUUAUUUUUAGAACUAAUGCCACUGAUAAAACUAGAAUUUUUAUCUAAGUUUUAAGUUUGCUUCUACUGAAAGAGGAUAACUGUUUGAUUACAAAUUAAAUUACAACUUGUAACCACCUGAUUUUUUUAAUAAAUCUUUUUUUUUUCCAGUGCAAUUCCCGCAUGAUCAUUUCUUUCUUUGGGGCAUUCUUUUUUGAUAACAAAAUAUCAAUAUGUACAGAAUUUAUGGAUGGUAAGAUUAUAAAAAAAAAUUUUUGUCAAUCAAUUUAAGUAUGGCAUAUUACAUAAUAAAUUAAUGCCAUAGGUAUUUGUUGGUCAUCAGUGAUUGACUUUUGUCUGUUAUCGUGUAGUUAACAUGUAUUUUUGUGUAAUGAUGAAGGAAACAAUAGACAUUUUGGAAAAUGUUGUCUCAAAGUUCCACUUUGCAGGUGGGUCCUUAGAUCAGUACAUGCCAGUGGAUGAGAGAGCCCUAGGCCAGAUCAGUUUGUGUGUUAUUGAAGGAAUGCUCUAUAUGUGGAAUCUCAAGGUAUUGCAUAGAGGUAAGAAUUGCAUAAUAAAGAUGUUCUCCUGACAAUAUUAUUGAAUGUAUUGUAAAAUUGAAUGAAUAUAACUAUAAUAAAAUUAAAGUAAGUUUAAUUUGAAGCACAUUCAGUUCAUUCAGAAAAAAACUUUGGUCAUUUUAAUUAAAGUUAAAGAUAUGGUUUACUUGAUUUGAAAUGUACUGGUAUCUUUUCUUAUCUUUCAACAGAUAUAAAACCUUACAAUAUUCUAGUCAAUUCAGCUGGCCAGGUUAAACUGUGUGACUUUGGUGUCAGUACGCAGGUAAUUUGUAAAUAAAGAAAGAUAUAAUAAUUAUUUUAUAGUCAGUUACUUAAUUGUGGAAAACAUAUCUUUAUUGUUCCUGUUUCUUUUUUAAACUCUUAAAGUAGUCUUUUUAAUGUUCAAAUUUCUUAAUUUUAUAAGUAAUAUAAUAAAGUCUUAAGAGUUGUUUUUAUUAAAUACUGUAACAAUAAUAUAAUUUAAAAAAUUUCUUUUUAGCUUGAGAAGUCUAUAGCUACAACAUUCCUAGGAACCAAUGUUUAUAUGGCUGUAAGUGUUAACAUUUUUUCAUAUACUAAAUAUGACAUUUCUGAAAAAAAAUGAUCAGAGAUUUUCAUGUUAGCACUUUUGAUUUGAAAUGUGGGAGUUUAUUUUUCUUAAAAAUUCAGAACAUUUUCCAGAUGCUAGUAGGGCAUAGUUAGUUAUCAAUUCCUCCAAUAAAAUUUAAAAUACCAGUGCUAGCAAAGUGUUAACAUUUUUUUUCUUGUACUAUUAGUAACCAUUUAAAUAAGUAAUAUCAGUAUUAAUAAUAUUAUGUAUUUUAAUAACUCACUUUCAAAGUUUCCUAUACAUGCCAUGAAAUUCCAUUUAAUUGAGAAAAUGUUUUGAAUUUUUGUAUAGUUUUUUUCCUUAUGAUAUGAGCUUUUCAAGCUAAGUAUGUUAUUCAAAGCGCUAGAGAAUAAUUGUUUAAGAGAACUGAUACCAGUACAGGAAACAAUCACAGGGACCCAUUUGUAAGGGCAAAGGUAAAACUAAAUUGCCUGAAUCAGGCUAAAAAAAAAUUAACAACUUGCCAACAUUUUUUGAGUUGCUAAUUUAUCUGUAACCUCAUUGUUUAGCAGCAAUUUAAUCUGCAACCCUGAUACAUUUUAAAAAAGGCUUUUGAAUAGGUUAAAAGAAAGAACAUUGAAAAUAAUUCUCAGUAAAACAUUGAACGUGAUUUAAUUUAAACUUACAAAUAUUUUGAUGAUUGAAAUUAUAACAAGCUUUAAAAUGGCAGUUUAGUUACUCCUGCUAACCGCGUGUCCUUGUCAACAUGUAAUUCAUGUCUGGUUUUUUUUGUUUUUAAAUGAAGUAGCAUUGACAAUCCAAGCUGACAGAGAAAUGUAAAAGUAUAAAUAAAUGGAUUAUGAUCUUAUACAAAUUUCAAGACACAGAUUAAAAGUAUUAUGGUAUUUGAUGCAGUUGUCAUGGUGAUUGCAUUGUGAUUGGACUUUUAAUCAUUAAAAUGAAGUCAUUUGAUAACAUACAUUUUUUUCUCAAUUUUUGAUGUUUUAUUCUAUCUUUUCAAAAGUAAUCCCUUCAUUUAGAAGGCUAGGAAGGUUACCCUCAAGUAAGAUAGGCAAGAGUGGGGUAAUAAAAUUUUGAAAUAUUAAUAAUCUGGGUGUUAAAUUUCUGCUAUUAAUAUACAUUAAUUCUUUUAAAACAAAUAUAGCCUGAAAGGUUACAAGGCUAUGAUUAUGGGACACCAGCUGAAGUGUGGAGUUAUGGAGUCACUCUGUUUGAGGUAUUUAUUAAUUAUAUUACCGGUACUAUUAAAAAGUUAGCCUUUCUUUCACUGCCAUUUAACAUAAUGCAAUAAUAGUGUAAAAUGUAAUAGGUUUUAUCUACUAUUUUCAAAAUUUCAUCUUUGUUUUAAAGUGGUUGAUCACAUUGCAAAAUACAUUUAAGACUAUAAUAUAAUCAUAUAUUGCUUUAAAUUUAAAUUACACAAACUAUUAAUUUAAUUUUUAUUUUGCAGUUGGCCACUGGAAAACUUCCAUUUGCAAGUGUAAGUUAAUUAAAAUUAAAUGAGCAAAUUAAUUCCCAUCUAUUGAUAAUGAUGAUCAAAUUAAAAAGAUGUCAUUCACAAGUCACGUAACUAUCCAUUAAAUUUUCAAAUACUGUUCUUAACAAGAGCCUAUUCAUCUAGUAUAUGGUAGGGCAAAUAAAACCGACACUUAUCAUACUGUAUUUAAAAAAAAAAAAAAUGUUGCUUGCAAUUACUAAUAGUUAUGCAUUUAAUUACAUUUAAUAAAACGAAAUUCAACUAGGAAAAGAUAACCACUAACGACUUUAUGAUUUUAUAACAUUCCAUGGAAGUAUCACUAUACAAUUCAUUUAUAAUUUUUAGAAAUAUGAAGAGAAAUAGAGCGCUGAUAAGAAUAUAAGUUGUCAAAGACUUUGAUCAGUUGAAGCUGGGAAUAGUAGGACAGGCUAACAAAAGGAUGCAUCUUUUAGUCUUGUCAAAAACAUAUAAACUUGUGUAAAAUGGCACCUAGUUUAUGAUGCUUCAAUUAGUCACUCAGUGGUUUGUGAUUGGAAUAUAAAGGUCAGGUUAUUAAGUGAUGUUUAUAUUUAUAUCAUACAUUUUUUAAAUUCCAGCUUAACAUGACAGACCCAAAUGUGCAGUUACAACCAUUCCACGUUAUGAAAGUUAUUUUAGAAGAGGUAAAACAUGAGAUGUAAUUUGAACAAUAAUUUUAUUUUGAAGUUAGAAUUUGUAAAAGCUUUUUAAUGGCUACAACACUGUAGUGUUAGUAUAAUAAUUUAUGAAUGUCAAAUAAUCUCUAAGCUCUUGAAAAUUAAAAUAAAUAGGAAUACUUUGACAGAAUUAUGGAGGUAAAAUAUUGCUCAGUAUCCCUUACUUCUUGCUGUGUUAUCUGUCAAUACACUGACUGUGUUAGUAUAAUUUGGAUGUUUCUUCUUGCUGCUAUAUCUGUUAAUGCCCUGAAUGUUUUAGUAUAAUCUAGAUAAAUCACUUUACUUAACUGAAAAUAUUUUAUUUCAAUUCUAGCCACACAUGAAACUACCAGCAGAACAGUUUUCACAAAGCCUCAUUGAUUUUGUACAUAGAUGGUAAGCAGAAAAGUUUUCAAGUGCAUAAACUUGUGAUAACAUAUUAUUUUCUAAAGUUAUCUGUUUAUUUCAUAAUUGUACCUUAAAUUAGAUGUCUUAUCAAAGGAUUUAAUUACCAUGGUACCCGGUACAGUAUGUUUCUAGUACAAACCUCUGUACAUUUGAAAUAAUAAUUCUAAAAAUAGGCACACCUACUUCUGAAAGUAAUGUUAAUGCUUUUUGUGUUUUUAUUCAGUCUCCAUAAGAUGCCAGCAUUAAGACUUUCAGGUCAAGACCUCCUAGUAAGUAAAAUAUAUUUAUAAGAAUUAUUUGAUUUAAAUGAUUUUUCUGGAAAGUGAAGUGAAAAUCAUGCAGGAGCAAUGCUCUAUUUAGAAUCUGCAAGUCUACAGAACAUUUGUGCUAUAAGUAUAAGGCAAGAACAAAAAAUGAUGUCUCUUCUAAAAAAAAUCAGUGAUCUAUAAUUAGUAGUUUUUCAGUUUCUAAGAAACUAAAUGAUCUAUUAAUUUUGCAGUAAAAAGCCAAAUGAUGAGAGUGUGUAGCCUAAUUAAUAUUUUUAUUAUAAUUUAUCUGUGAGGCCUCCCUAAUAUAAGUGGACAGAAUAAGUAAACAGAUUUUAACUCUAGACUACUUAAACUCAAAUUUGGAAAGUUUGUAAUAGAGUUUUUAUAUUAAAUUGUCAAUUCCAAGUAGACAUAGUUUUCUUGACUCUGCAGAAUACUUAAACAUAAAUAGGCUACCGAAACAAAAGAUUCUGUAAAGGUAAAAUUUUAAAGUUUCACUUUAAGAGUGUAGAACAAAUAUACAUAUAUGUUUUUACUAGUUUUAAUUUUUAAAAAGCUUCUCUUGCAACUGGGCAUUCCCUCAAAAUGGUACACAUUUGGAAAUUCCAGGUAGAUAGUAUAAUAUAUCUCAGGGGCUUGAUUUUCCUGUUAUAUACCUUGAUAAGCUAAUAACUCAUCAUACAGUUCUGUUGUAUUAAUGUCUGCUGAAUCUUCAUUUCAUUUAUUAAAGCUGAUUGAAAGUCCAUGCAUUCUUUGAAUACUUCCUUUUUAUCAAAUUUCUCUAGUGUUUUUAUGUCAUACGAAAAUUAAAAGAAGUCAUUGUGAGAUAAUUGUAAAGCCUGAUCACUAACAACACAAAUUGUGGUAUCCAAAAUCAGGUGUAAAAAAAAUUUUUUAAAAUUCUUUCUGGGUCAACAAUUGGAUCAUCUUGAUCUUCAUACUUAAAUUGUCUAUUUUUCAUUCAAAAUAUUAGUUGUAUUUCCCAUGGAAAAAAUUGAAUUCAAUACCAAAUUUUUCUGCCAAUUAUUUAGCUGUUGUAUUUGCCUUAGCAAAGCCUUCUUUUGUUUUGUAUUCUGGAGCAUAAUUUUUGUAGUAUUCAGUUGUUCAAUUGAUUUUUUUUUUUAAUAUCAAGAUCUUUUUUAAAACAUCAAGUAUUUGUUAAAUAUAUUAUAUUGAGUAAUUGAUCUAAAUAAAAUACCCUAAUAUUGUUGGCGCCCCGCCAAAGCUUAACUUUGGCGCCCCUUAUAAGUAUAAUGAUAAAAAUUUAGCAAGGAAAAAACUAUGGGUUAGCAAAGGCGUUUAUAACCUAGGUUGAUUUUUUUAACAAACUGAACAAUGGCAUUGUUUUUCUUAACUUGUCUUUGGACAGUAUGAACACAUAGCCUACCGAUGAAAUUUUAUUUUCUUGCCUUUAGAUCAGUAAGUCUUUUUAUUAUUGCACUUUCUAUUUUUCUUCCAUGGUACAUACAUGCAAUGCUUUUUCCUAUUUUGGAAGUUUGUUGAUGGUGCCCUAAGUAUAUGGUGCCCUGGCCAACUGCCAGGGUUGCCGGUACCACAUUGAUUCGGCACUGACCAUAUCACUAAUGAACAAACAAACUUGAGAUUUGACGUUUUGUGCAAUUACCUUAGUUUCUGCAUGUGACUCAACGCCAUGUGGUGGUCCAGUUAGUGAAACGUUGCCAGCUAUUGAAAUGAGUGCAUUUUAAAUGUAAAAUGUUUGGUAUCAUUGCAUGGAAAAAUAAAUGGUAUUCGAUUUAGCUCUCUAAUUCUUGUUUGGACUCUAUUUAUGUACAUCUCUCACGUUCGCUCCAUUAUAAUUACAUGAUUUUUAAUCCAAUUUUUUAAAUUUAUAUUUUGCUGGAAUUCUCCACCCCUCAAAAAAAUGUCACUCUAGCUUAUAUCUAAAGCUUCACUACUAGUCUAAAUAUCAUACGCUAUAUUUAUAGCUACUUGAAGCAGAACAGACUAAAGAAAUAUUUUAAUUUAAUGAGAAAUAUAAUGUAAUAUAAAAUUAUUUUUUUUUGUUGCUUUUAGAGAAAAAAUACAAAAGCUCAUGUAAUUCAAGUAUUUUCAAAUUUAUUUAAAUAUUUGUUUAAAUUUAUGAUUUUUAUGAACAUAUUUGAAAGAAUUAGUCUCAAAUAAAACCAUUUCAUAAAUUAAAUGUCUCAUUGAAAGAAUAACGUGUCUUCUAUUAACCUUGAUUGAAACUUCUGUUUUCCAAUAGAAUCACCCAUUUCUGCAAUGCCAGGAUCACCUGGAGCCAUCUGUGAUUUCACAACUUGUAUCAAGCAAGAAACAGUCAAUAACAAAACCCUGAUAUCUUCUAAUUAUUAACAUAAUGUCUGGCUGUUGGUAGUACAUAAUGCAAAUAUUGAAAUAAUUUCAAAUUAUGUUAAGAGGAACUGUUCAUUAUUAUGUAUAUAUUUGUAUAUUGCUAAUAAAUUUACUUACAAUAAAAAAAAAAUGCAUUCCUUUUCUUUCUUGUUAAUCGGGAGGGACAAUACAUGGGCAAAAUUGUAAAAGCAUUGAAUAAUUCAAAUGUGCUGUGCUAAAUAUAUCACAAGUUUUUUUUUGAGAAAUUGCAUCAAUUUUAAUGAUUUAAAUCAAAUCAAGAAAUGAUGCUUGCCCAGGUCAAUGAAGUCUUGUGUAGCAACUAAAAUAAAUAUUGUAUACAUUUAUUUUAGACAUAUUGAAAAGCAGCUUUUUUAUCAUCCACUUGAGUUCUCUUUUGGGGUUACCCACAUUGUACAUACAGAAAAAAAGUUAUAUUUUCACAUACAUUUUUGCGACUACCCCCCCCCCCCCCAAAAAAAAAAAAAAAAAAAAAAAAAAAAAAAAACCCCCCCCCAAAAAAAAAAAAAAGCACAAGUUCAAAUGAGAAUCUCCCCAACAUCAUGUUUUCUAUUUAUUUUUAGGGAUUUGUGAAGUAAAUGGCAAUUAAAACAUUUGACCAUUUAAACCAUGUUAAAAAUAUGUUAAAGUUUUCUCAGAUUUUAAAAUAUGAGUUGGCUUUUUUUAGAGACAAUAUAAAUAGGCUAUUAAUGACCUGACACUUUUUCAGAAUAAUUAUUGCAGAACAAUUAUGUCUAUGUACAUAAUAAUUAUAAAGUUUAUUUCAAAAACACGCUUCAUCCCCAAAGGCUCGAAGCGCGGUACGAAGUAAAGAAAAAAUAUUUAAAAAAUUAUAAUUUACCACAUUUAAAACAAACACAACACUACAAAAACUAAUUACAAGCAUACCAAGUCAAAGUCUUUCUACCUAUUUCAACCCUAAGCAACACAGCCAAUAUGCAUUAAAUGGAAGAUAUGGUAGACAAUCAUCCCAGAAGAUUUUGAAGAAUUAAGAAUUAUUGAGCGAAAGGCUAAGGGAAAUUAUAACUGUUAUCAGUCAUUAGGCUAUCAUUAUAGACAACAAUUUUUUAAACAUAAUUUUGUUAACACUUAGUACCAAUAAUGUUACCCACAGAAAUGACAGCCAAAAACAUAAUUAAAAUUAGUCACAUGCACGGAAACAUGCACAUGAAAAGGUAUAGGGUGUCUUAAAAUUUUAAAAGUUGUUAUCAGGCUAAAUAUUACUGUUGCGAUAUGUAGUGAAUUCUUUGUGAAAACACAAAGCAAAAAAUUGAAAAUAAAAAUUAAUUAAACACCUAUGACCUAUGGUCAUAUUUUUUAAAGCCUUCGGUUGUCAGAAUAAUUAUUGUAUAUCAUAUAUUAUAUUGUUUGCUUAUUAAAUGAAGAAUGCGUUCUUUCUACCGAGUAAAAUCCUAACCGGGCCAUAUAAGAUAAGAUUCUUUUAUUGAUCCAAAUAAAUGGAAAUGUUUUUUGAUUGCAUUAUACAUUUUCAGAACAAAAAUAAAACAAUUUGAAAACAAGACAUUUAUAAUAAAUUAUUUCAAACAGCCAUUCAGUGAGUUCUCUUAGCAAAAUAUGCACCCAUGCGAAAAUAAAUCGACACUCAGUGUAAAUAUAUGGAUGGUCGCUAAUAUAUUUUUUUUUAUAAGUUUCAAAAAGCAAUAAAUUCAUAAUGACCACGAAGGCCCGUUUCCGCUCCCUCCUGUCAUCUUCUUUCUCGGAUGCUCCUAAUGCGUAAGAUUUGUACGGAGCAACGUUUUCUUUUAUUUUCACAUUAAUCGGUCAAAUUGAAAAGUUUAUUCGCACAAAAUAUGUGGAAUAUAGUACCACAACAACAUGGCGACUUUCACUCGAGUUUUUGGCACGUUAGGACGAUCUGUCGGUUUGCAAGGGGUAAUGACUUAUGAGCUCUAAUAAUUUUUUUAAAAACUUAUUUGGAUACAUAUUUAUUAAGUGAUGCAUACAUUUAAUUUUCUUUAAAAAUUGGUUUCAAUUUUCCAUUAAAUAUUACUCAUCCAUUCCGCCAUCCAAUGAGCCAUGCAUUUAUUUGAAAGACAGAUUUGCGUCAUUCUCAAUGACACCAGGGCGGUGCAAAAUUACUUUUACUAAGAGAAGAUGAUUUGCACCCUGUUGUUGCAGUUUGUCUAUUGAUAUUCCUGAUUCACGAAUCAUGUAUAUGUACUGUCACCGUAGAAGCUGGAGUAAAUAAUGCAUUCUGGUGUAAUAUAGUAAUAAUAAUAUUGAAUUUUGACAUAGUUAAUAUAUUAAUAUUAUUAGGCUAGGUACUUUGAUAAGAAAAUUAAAACUUUUUGUAAAAAUAAACCAAAGGCAUAGUUGAAUAGAGCUAAUUUUUUAAAAGAAUUAAAACACCAAAAUCAUAUUUUUAGCUGUUGUAGUUUUAAAGUUAUGAAUUUUUAAAGUACGACUUAAUUUGUCAGUUUUUAACAUGGACAGCAUCUCCACACUCUGUGACCCAAUUCUGCUGUUCGUGUCAUGAGCUAUAUAACUCUUGUUUUGAUGAUAAUUUUAUUUUCAGAACAAAUAAUGUUAACAAUUAUAGAUACGAAGUGUCUACACGUCCGGCGCGCCGGACGUGUAGUGCGCAAGAUACACGUCCGGCGACUUGUCACGUGACCGCCGGACAUGGCCGGACGGCUAGUAGUUUUUAUAAUUCCAAACGAAGUACGAUUUAGUACAUCUUGUCUGGUCUUGUGGUAGAGUGGUUGCUUGACGAUAGGAAUGUUUGAGGAUCUAUACCGGGGAUAGGGUCGUUUUUUUUCUUCCCAUUUUAAUUAAAAUAUUUUGUAUAUAUUUAUAUUAUCAUGUUCCUCAGCAACAGUAGUUUCAUGAGAAGUUUUUAAAUAUUUUGUAGCAAUUGAAAUAAUUUAAAAUGAAAUCUUUAACUUUUAUUGGUUGCCACACUGGCCCCUAAUUUAUUUUAUGGAUUACUGGUACACAAAAAAUAACAAACUAAACAAAAAUGUUUACAAGCCACUUUCACUUAAGUUUCUUUUUCUAUUAUUUGCAUUCAAGAUACUCAGUACAUUACUUGGUAGAGAAAUAGAUUUUAAAAUUAACAAUAGUUUUGAAUUAUUCGCAGUCACGUGACAAGGCUGACCGACACGAUAUCUCUCGCCACUUUGUUACGGCGGUCAUGUGACUUGGUCGCCGGACACAUAGUGCGGGAGAUAGACGUGUAGACACUGCCUUAUAGAUAAAGGAUGCGGCUAUUCGGACGCGGUAUCAGAAGUGAGAAGCUGGGUUUAUUAAAAAAAUCUUUUAAAUAUUAUUGUACAAUAUUGUAUUGAAUAAAAGAUGGACUAUUUGUUUAUAAACUUAAUUCUUCAGUUUAACUAAAAUAAACUACCACAAAUGGCAUCCGAACGACAUCUAAUGAGACCUGGGUCCGAAUUGCGGCAAUGCGUUUCCGGUUCCAUUUUGACUGGGAACAUCAUUUGGAUGAUACAGCUUGUCAGAAUGUUAUCCGCCUUUGGGGACUCCAUCUCCGGGUUUGAUUUCAGAGUUUCCUUCUCUUAGAUGAGCUGCCAUCAAAGGUUAACGUGUCCCAUCUACCCGGGAUGCUGGUGAUGUUUUUGCUGGGCGUUGGCUGGAAUUGAACUCUAGACCACCGACUUGUGAUUUGCUCAGUUUAGACCACUCGGCCACCCAGCACCGAACAUUCAUAUUGUGGUCCCAAUAACAUGUAGUCUUGGAGUUAGAAUGUGGAAGAAUAUAAGAAAUGAUGGGAAAGCUUUUUUAGUUUUUUUUACAAAAUAUUUAUCACAAAUUAUACAUGUUAUUCAUUCUAAUUCCUACAGUUUUCAACACCUGGAAGAACAGUCAUCCAAAGCAGUCUAAAGUCCUACAGUAGCUCAACAAAUCACACAAAUGUAUUGCCCAGCAAUUCCUAUUCACUUCACAGUGGACAUUUGGGAUUCAAUUCAUUCCAGGUAACCUCGCAUAUAUAAUAUAUAUUAAUUUACGAGGCUGUAGCUAUCAAAACCAAUUUCAAUUUUUUAUGAAACUAUUUUUUAUUUAGUCCCCUGAAGAUUUUUUCAAAUUAUUUCCAUAAAUAAUAAUGUUAACCUAUACAAGUUUUAAAAUGCUGUUACACACUUUAAAAAAAAAAAAAAUGUUUGCUUUAUACUCUUAAACUACUCAAAGUACAUAAUUAUUAAUUUGUUACAUAGGGCAUAAUGUUUUAUUUAAAUUUAAAGAUCAAUUAAUUUUUAAAAAUCUUAAAAUUUUCAAAAAUAACUUUUUGAAAGUCAAAACAUUGGGGAAGCCAAUAUGAGAAUUACCUGAAAGAAGCAGUUUAUUUAUAAAUGCAUAAAUAAAUAUUCUAGUAAUCCUAUUGUGGGUCAUAAAUUUGCACUCUAGGUAGAGGGGAUGUCUUUCAAAAGUGGCAUUGACUGCUUUUGAUAUACCGUAAUAUAAAUACUUUGCUUUAAGCCUGAGUAGUUGUGUGGCCUGAGAGGGAUUUAUACUUUGUCUAGGAAGACAAAAGUUGUAUUUAAAAUUUAAGCAAAUUGUUGCAGUUAAAGUUUUUAAAGUUUGACAUUUUUUUUACAAGUUUUUUUAACAAUUUUUAUUCUUUAGAUUCGUCAUAUGUCCAGCAAAAAUUUCUUUCAAACUGUCAUAGACAAUAUUAAGCAGGAAAUGAAAAAAAGCAAAGAAAUGAAGGUAAUUUAGACAAUGUUUUAAUAACAUUCUUGUUGUAGUCAAAUAUAAUGCAAUUUGUAAAAAAAAUUUAAACUACACUAGAGCAGGUAUGGCCAACAUUAAAUUGUGUGUCCAGUUGUUUUAUGCCUGAGCCUGAUGUAUCACAAAUAAACUUUUUCUUCACAAAUAAACUUUUUCUUCAUUCAAUUUAGAUUGUAUUAUGUAUUUAAAAGUUACUUAAGAGAAAGAAUAAAAAUAACUAGUUUUUUCUUUGUGUUUGUUAUUUUGCAUUUCAUUACGUGCAAUAAGAAUAAAUAAGUAAUUAUGCACAGCAUUUAUUGGGUGUAAUGACAUGAAAUGUUAACUUGAAAUCAAAAUGCCAAUUGAAGCCAUUUAGGUUGGCCACCACUACCAAAAAGUGUUUUUCCCCCAGCCUUGUUAAUGGAUAUAUCCAAGGCUUUUUCCAGGGCAAUUUCCCUUUAGUACAAAGGAAACUUCUUGUUUGUACUAAAAAAGGGGUCACCAAAAAAAACAUAAUAAACAAAAUAUAAUAUAUAAAUAUGCAUCCUAUUAAACAAUGUUUCUAAAAAUAGAAUGUUAUUAUUCAGUAGGCAAUUAAUUAGGGUGGCCUAUUUUUGUUGUCUUUUACAACUUUAUUUUGAAAAUAAUACCACUAAAAUUUAAGAAUUGUAAGAUUUUACUGUAUAUGUGUGUAAAUUUUGUUUUUAAUUUGCAGAUUUUACAGUGUAUUUACAUUUCAUUUGAAAACAAUUUUUUAGGACAGCAUUGCAAAAUUUAAAGAAGAAACUCAAAAGCUUGAAGAAUCUGAGGCUCUCAAACAAGCAAGGAAAAAAUUUGUGAGUUAAUCUUAAAAAAAAUUAAUUACUAUUAUCUUCCAAUUUUUACAACCAAAUUUAUCAGUAAUAUCAGUUCAAUUAAGUUUGUUUAAUUAUAACAGAAUUUCAAUUAAUGGUUUUGAAAAUAAUUAUAUUUUUUUCUUCUAAAAAUGUCAAUAAAUUUAAUUUAUUUGUAUAAUUUUUUUCGUCAAAAUUAACAAUAAACACUAUGGGUAACAUACUCCAAUACUUGUAUUAAGGGCGCAAAAAAAUUAAACUUUCAAUUUUUAAUUUUGUUCUCCUACUGUCCUACGGCUUCUGCUUUCGAAAUAAAAUCCCUGUUUGUUACUUGCAUUAUGACAAUUUGUUGCAAAAAAGGUCAUUUAAAAAAAUUGGAUUUUUAUAAAUUUAUUUUCCUUUUCAGUGGUUACCCCGGUACUUUAGUAACUCUUCACUACUGUAUAAGCUUUGAUUAGUACAUCCGUUCCAACACAAUCAUUGUUAUACAUCAUUUCUUUCUGUUAAAAUACUGUUAUGAUUCUGUCUCUAUGGUAAUGGACAUUCAGUUUUGAUUUCUUCACUGGAUUUUUUUGCCCACAAACACCAAAGAUACCUCUAGAUAUUUGUUUGUAUGAAGGUAUAUAAAGUUUUAAAAUAAAUAAAUGAAAUUUUUUUUUUUGCAGGAGAGUAUAGAGGAAGAGACACUAAAAAGCUCAACAGCCAUAAGGAAAACAUUAGGAGAUAUUAAAGAAAAAGUAUCUGAGGUAAAUUGUGACUGGUUUAAGCUGAAUUUUAUAAUUUUUCUUGACUCUUUUGUGCUUAAAAAUUGAAGAAACUUAGUUUCAAAAAAUAUUAUAGAAAUUUUUAACAAGGUGGAUGACAUUUCUUCUUCUUCUUCUAUAUCUUAAGGGCCCACGAUCAAUUUAUUGAUCAUUUUGGCUCCUAUGCAUGUAGAUGGGAUUUGCAAUGUUUCUGUUACUGGUGGUGAUGAGGAAAUUAUGCACUAGGGGUUUGAAGGCUUGAGGCAAUAGACACAAAUGUGUCUAGUGUUGUCGCCUCAACUGUUCCUUUUGAAAGAUGGUUCCAGUCCCUGAUUGUCUUGGGCAGGAAUGAGCAGCUCCUAUACUGGCUUCUUGCUGGUAUGAGCCUGAAUUGCCUGUCAUGGCCUCGUCGCUGUCUAUGGGGGAGAGGGACGAGUUUCUGUUUAAUACUGGAACAGUGGACCAGCCCAUUAUUUAUCUUGUACAUCAUGGAGAGCCUGGAUUGUCGUCGUCGUUUCUCCAAUGGUGACCAGCCUAGUGUUUCUGAAAUGUUUCAUUUAUUUUGCAGACUGUCGAAGAAGCUCAGAAAACAGAAUUUGUGAAGAAAGGAAUAGAAACAGCAACAAAAGCUGCGGAGUCCAUUCAGAAAUCAGGUCAAGCAAUUGGUCAAAGUGAUGCCUUCCGACAAAUCAGUCAGGUAUUUAAAUGUACUUUUAGUUUUCAUGUCCCACUGUUAUUUUGUUCAUUUUUACACUCUUUUAAGAGAUCGAAGGUAUUUCAUUGCACAAAUUUGCACUUAAAAUUUAAAAUGUCCACACCUGUAAUGUAAAAUGCUGAACAGAAUUUAUACUUAUUUAAAUAUAUAAAAAUAUACUUAUGUCCUAAGGGCGUGAAAACUGCCAAGGAAGAGUUUGAUGAGAUAACACUCUCGAGAGCUAGGCACUAUAAGGCACCAGGUAUUGUUGUUAUAUUCUUAUUAGACAUUACAAGAAACAAGUACUUGGUUAACUUUAUCUACUUACGUGUACCAAAAUAAAUACUCUUAUUAUUGAAAAAUACAAAAAAUAUCAUUUUUAAAUGUACGGAUUACAUUUUUUUCACAGACAAGUUGUUAAAGAGAUCAGACCUGUCAAUGAAACCAAGGGACGAUAAAGAUGUUGCAGCAGAUGAGUGAGUAAAUCAAAUGACCUAAUUUACUCCUUUGAUGCUUGAGUAAAUUAAACGACCUAAUUUACUCCUUUGAUGCUAUAGAUUUUUCUAUCGAAAAAAUUAACUUUGCUUGAAAUUAAUUGUGUUUUAGCUACUUUUCUUUUACCUUAUUACACUAAUCUGAACUUUGAGGACCCUCAUAAAUGAAAUUCUAGCCCAUAAAUAGAAAAAGUAAACAAAUUUGAAACAAAGUUUUCCAAGCAUUUUUAGGGCAAUGGCCUUCAUGGUCAUCAAAUAGCUUUAACUUCUUUCUGUCUAUUCACCUCUUCGACAGCUUUGCUCCUCCUUAGACACGCGUAUUCUGUCCAUCCCCAAAACACACACUAAAACAUAUGGUGAACAAUCUUUCUCUUUCUGCGCCCCAAAAAAUGGAAUUCUCUGCCACUACACAUCCGCAAUAUACCAACGACCCAGACCUUCAAAACUGCUCUCAAAACACAUCUCUUUAAACUCUACUAACCUGACUGAUUCCCCCCUCUGACCGUUAAAUGAUGCUGCUGGCUGCCGUCCUUGGCUUGACAUGUAAAAGUUCUGGGUUGGGUGGGGUGUAUAUACAUAUGUUUUUGUUUUGUUGUUAUACAGCUGUUCUUUAUUACAUAAAUUUAUUUUAUUUUAAUGUAAUGAUUAUGUCUAUUUUGCUAAUAUUUUUAUGUACAGUGCGGUGAGCCCAGCCCUAGGCUGUGGUACCGCGCUAUAUAAGACUAAUAAUAAUAAUAAUAAUGAAUAUUACAGUGAGUGUGCAGUAAAAAAAAAAUGAUAGAGCAAAGGGCACAUAUAGUAAAUAGAUUUCAUGCUUUUGAAAUAAGACAAAUGUCUUACACUAACGGUACAAUGCUAGCUGGAAAUCAAAAUUUAUUAUUAUGAUAUUUUGUAUUACUGCAUGUUAUAAGAUGAAACAAAAUGUGACCCCCUGGGUGCCAUAAACCAUAUUGUAAAAUAGUAUUUAGUGUGACUUUUUAUUUUAGGGGAAGUAACUUUUUAAAAAGUUUUUAAAAAUUCUAUGCAAUGCGGUUGUAAAGUCUUUUUUGCUCACAGGUGAAUUAGUAUGUAUGGACUAAAUUCAUCUAUGUUUUUUAUAUUUAAAUCAGGCAUUCAACUGGUGUUGUGCUUCAUAAAGAUUCUAAAUUUUACCAAAGUUGGCAAAAUUUCAAGGAAAAUAAUCAAUAUGUUAACAGUAAGUAUUAGAAAGAUUAUGCUUUCAAUUGUUUAAAUUCAAAGGGGGCCAUCAAAAUAUUAUUAAGAUACCUGUACAAUAACUUUACGUUUUCAAUCUUUUAUUAUUUUUUUUUACGAACCCACCUAUGUUGAUGUAAUAUAUAAUACACAUAGUUUUAUUCAAAUUUGUUGCAUUAGCAUUUUUCACUCAUUUAUUUUUAUGGACUUUCAAAUUGCUUAUGUUGGAAUAUUUUUUUUUUUUUUCUGGCUUAUGCUGCAGUUUUUCUUAAGAUUUUAACUAUUAUAAUUUAUCAAUUUUUUAGAACUGUUUGACCUAAAAGCUAAAUACGAUGAGAGUGACCACGUGAUGGUUAGGGCCACCAAAUUCUUCACAGAUAAAGUUAGUCAAGUGUUUGGUAAGACUAUUCAAACACUUAUAAUCUUAAGACAACUAGAUCAAUUAAAAUUAUGAACCCACUUUCUGUUCACUUUCCAAAUAAAAGAAAAAAUAAUUUUUCCCAUCAUGCAAAAUUUAUAUAUAACAAUAAUUUCAAUAACUAUGCUUCAAAGAAACUGAUUUUUAAUUAUUAAUUGUUAAUGACAAUGCUAGUUAAUGCAGCUAUGUUAUUGACUUAUUGAGUCAUGUUAAUUUGAUUCGAUUUAUUUUUCUUUUGUUGUUGAAAAAUUCUUCUUCAUUUUCUUAUAGGUGGUGUUUUUACAAAGACAGAAAUGUCAGAGGUUUUAACUGAGAUAUGUAAAAUUGACCCAAAUUUUAACAGAGAGGAAUUUUUGAGACUAUGUGAACGGGAAAUAAUACCAAAUAUACUUGAGGUGAAUAAUACCUUUUUUAUUUAACACAUUUUAGCCAAAUAGUAUUUUAAUCGCUUUAGCCCAGAACUUAGCAAAUCAGGUUUUACCAAGUGAAAAAGUUAUUAACUUAAUUUUUCAGGAAACGUAAACACAUUUUUUUUGCUAAAGUAUUUUUAGUAUAAUGAUGUGAGAAACAAAGGUCGGAUUGUGAAAGAAAUUGCCCUUAACAACAAGCUGAUUUAUUCAAGUCUCUUUCAGAUAUCUUUGAAACCCUGCUUCAUCAAUAUUAAUGACAUAAAUAUAAAUGUUUUGUCAGUUAAUUUGUGAUAUAACAAUAUAGAAACAAAUUAAAUCCAAAUAUUUAGUUUUAUUUCAUUUUUAUUCUCGUAUUUAUUUCUUACUUAAAAGAAUUUCAUAUUAAAAUGUGUUUAAUUGGUAUAUUAUUGAAUGUUGAUGAAUAUUUUGAAAAAAUAACUUUAAAAAAAAAUAAUUUCCUAGGCUCUUGUAAGAGGUGAUUUAGAUGUUUUAAAAGACUGGUGCUAUGAAGGUGUAAGUAUUUUCUCAUUAAAUUAACAUUUGUAUGUGUACUAUUAUUUAAUAAUUAAAGUAUAUAUUAUCAAUAAAUAUUCUAGUAAUUCCAGAGUCCUACUCAGUCUAUAAUCUUUUUGAACAUUCUUUUUCAAUUCCAGCCUUACAAUACAUUGGCCCAUCCAAUCGAGCAGGCGAAAAGAGCUGGAUAUAAGUUUGAUUCCAAAGUUUUGGAUGUUAGUCAAGCUGAUGUAAGUUUCAUACCUUUUUUCAACAUAUGAUUUGUAAUUCCAAAGGACAUAGACAUAAUCAUUUUGUUUCAAUCAUAUUUUUUAAAACAGAACAUAUCACAGUUGAUAAGUCACAGUAUGCUGAUUGUCUGGGAUUAAAAUUCUAGCUGGACAACAUCAAUGUCCCACUUAUUUGAUUGCAGUUACUGGCUCAAAAUGAAUGCUUUCAAUUUUAAAUGACAAAUGAUAUCUGUUACUUUGAUGAGUAUUUUUAAAGUUAAAGUUGUUAUUACUAUUUGUCUGCUUCUCUAAAAAUACUUUAAUUGCCAAAUAAUUAAAGCCAAUGUUCUAGUUCAUGUUAUUCUAAAAAAACAGUGGUUGAUGUCAUCCCCUCCAGUUACCUGUUUUAUUUUAGUAGUGGGAAAAACUAUUUAAAGUUAAUUACAAGACUUUUAAUGAAUUUGCAGGUGAUAGCUGGUAAAAUAAUGGAACAAGGCCCAGUACUUGUCAUCAAUUUUAAUGCCCAACAAAUCAUGGUGGUCAGAGACAGUAAAGAUAAAGUUAUAGAAGGAGAUCCUGUAAGUACUCAUUAUAAAGUUAUGUUUUGUUAAAAUUUUAUAUGAUGAGAUUGACUUUUUGCAAAUCUAUCUGUUUAGUAUUUUAGAUUAUCUCAAGAGAGAUCAUAUCUUUACUCUAAUAUUUAAGCUCAGCCUAGUAUAGAACAUUGAAUAUUUUCAUUUUAAAAAUAAAUUUAUGACUUAUUUGAUUCUGAUUUACGUGUAAAUGUAUACAUUUUUCCCCAUCAGGAUAAAAUUCUACGUAUUAUGUAUGUAUGGGCAUUAUGUCGGGAUCAAGAAGAACUGAAUCCUCGUGCAGCAUGGAAGUUAAUGGACAUAUCAGCAAGUUCAUCUGAACAAUGGUUAUAGCAUCUGCAUUUAUGAUAUUAGGUGUAAAUAAUGUUCUGUAAAAAUUGUGAUUAUGUUUUUACCACUUAAUAUACCUCUUAGUAUUGGAACCUUGAUACUGGCUAAUGGUGCAUCUAGUUAUUAUUUUUUCAAGGAAAAUUUGUGGUAAACUUUAUGAAUCAAGGUAUCGGUACCAGUAAUGAUAAAGUGAAAGCCUUAAUUUUUUUACCGGUACUUGAAAAUCUGUUUUUGUUAUGGAUAAAAGUAUUGAUAGUUACAUGGAAAUUAAUUACCUAGGGACUAAAUUGCCUUUACAAAAUUUAUCACUACUAAUUUCACCUCACAUGGAAAAAUUAGAAUUAUAAGUGGAACACAAAAUAUGUAUACUUCUGAUUAAUAAUUAUAAGUUAGGAAUAUGUAAACUGCAAAUAUAAUUGAUUAUUACAAUUAUUUUGGACAACUAUUUGACAAACUAGAGCUUGUUAUUGCUAUGGGUCAACCAAUAUCUAGAUUAAAAUAUCUUUUUUGAUACAUACAAAAUCAUUGUGAUGUUCGAUGUUCUAACAACAUUAUCAAUAAAAUGAGUUUCAUUAUUCAUGGUAAUCUUUCUUCUUGUUUCCAAAUUAGCAAGAUAAAACUGCGACGCUAGUGUUUGUUGAUACAUUAUUUAAUAUUAUUACUAUAGAGAUUUUAAAGCAAUGGAUCAAAUUUAAAAAUAUGUACUGGUAAUCACAUGUAUUUGUCACUCUCACUGAAACUGCACACCUACUGAAAUGGUAAAAAAAAAAAAAAAGCUGUUGUUUUUUUAAUAAAAAAUAAACUAAA